UCUGUUCGAGGGUAGUAACUACUUCCACAGGAUUGGCCAAGCGGUUGUCAGGAGUGUUUACAUGAAACAUGGCUUCUCUGUCUGUUGGAGAGCAUCAAGAAAUGGAAGUGGACCGACGAGGUGAGUCUGAAGAGUCUGGUGAUGAUGACACCAGAAGAAGGAGUAUCAACGGGGAUGUGGACCCAAAUCAGCCCGCAGGCACAAGUAAAGAAGAGUCCCCUGUUGACAUGGACACCAUAACCUUGGACCCAGAAGAAGAGGAUGUUGAUCUUGUUCAUUGUCGUAUUGGAAAAAUCGAAGGAUUGGAAGUUCUACAGAAGGCCAAAACACUAUCCUUAAGACAGAACCUCAUCAAAAAGAUAGAAAACCUUGAGAGUUUGAGUUUGCUACAAGAACUAGAUCUCUACGACAAUCAGAUCCGCAAACUAGAGAACCUGAGCAACCUCAAAGAAUUAGAGUUGCUUGACGUUUCCUUUAACAUUCUGAGGAAAGUGGAGAAUUUGGAGGGGUUGACCAAAAUUAAAAAACUCUUCCUGGUUCACAACAAGGUCACCGCCAUCUCCAACAUGGACCACCUCACAAGUCUGGAAAUGUUGGAGCUGGGCUCCAAUCGUAUUAGGGUCAUCGAGAACCUAGACGCUCUUUCGUCAUUGCAGAGUUUGUUUCUUGGAACCAAUAAAAUAACAAAGCUUCAGAAUCUGGACAGUUUACACAACCUGACUGUUUUAAGCAUUCAGAGUAACCGGAUUACUAAAAUCGAGGGACUACAGAACCUGGUCAACCUGAAAGAACUCUACCUGAGCCACAAUGGCAUUGAGGUCAUAGAGGGCCUGGAGAACAACAAAAAACUCACCACGCUGGACGUUGCUGCCAAUCGAGUAAAGAAAAUUGAGAACGUCAGCCACCUGACAGAGCUGCAGGAGUUCUGGAUGAACGAUAACCAGAUAGACAACUGGUCGGAUCUUGACGAGCUGAAGAAUGCCAAGUCCCUGGAGACGGUGUACCUGGAGCGGAACCCUCUACAGAAAGAUCCUCAGUACAGAAGAAAGAUCAUGCUGGCACUGCCCACUGUGCGCCAGAUCGACGCUACCUUUAUUCGCUUCUAAGCUGUAGUGUACGACCCACCUGCCAAACCUCUCAGUGUUUCACCUCCCUGCCUGCCCUGCCCACUAAAACACCUCCUCAAGCAUAUUGGCCUCACAAUGUCAUAAUGUCACUCCAAAAAGGAUAUACAUUCCAGCACAGAACUCACUCUACAUGUACAUGUAUGCAUGUAUGCACUCAUGCAAACCUCAAUCAGUGCUUUUGUUUUCAAGUUUUUUUUUUUAAGGGGGGAAUGGGGAAAAAGGGGGGGGGGGGGGGGAAACUACCCUACGCUCAUUUCCUCGUGUUUCUUCUGCACUUUGUAGUUUGUUUGUUUUUUCUUUUUCCCUUUUUGUUUCAAAUUUGUUUGCAUGUGGGAUACAGUUAGGCGCCCCAGACCUGCUGUGGCCAUCAGGAAAAUAAGGAAUCGUUCUUACCAAACACAUCAAUGAAGUUGCACUGUUCUUAUAUUACCGGAAAGGGAGACAGAUAUUACUGUUUUGGGGAUUUCUUUUCUCUUUUUUGUGUGUGUGUUUCGUAUGUUUUACCACUUCGAUGCUGUUGGCGUAACUGAACCUGAAGAAAAGACGAGUUCCAGAUCAAACAUUUAAAGGGAAAUUGUAACAAGAUGAAGAAAAAUAUAUAAUCAACAAAUAUGGUUUUCUGAUUUCUGCUUCAGCUUACUUAAUAUCUUGAUCUAGAGAAUAA